AUGUGUCAUAUUAGUGAACUGAAAUAUUCCAAACACUGUUUAAGUAGCUUUAAGGGAAGAGCAGGUUUUUAGUCACUAAUAAGUCAGAAAUUUACCAUUCAACUGAACAUGUUAGUUCGAUGAAUGAAUAGGAACGUUCACCUCUGUAUUGUUUUAAUUUCCUAAAAGUAAUUUAUACAAUUUGACCUCAUGUGUGUGAUAAACUGAAUUUUGUGGAUUUAUCGCGCAAAGUACAGUGAUGUCCGACAAAGAUUUCCCGUUGCAAAAAACCUUGCCUAUCAGUAGUUUACCAAAUGAUCAUCAAAAUGUACAAUAUUUAGAAGAUGGUACAAUUGAAGUCACUGAUACAUUAUCAAAAGAAGAAUAUUACAAAAGUUUACGUCGUCGUUGUAAUACAGGCAAUAGUCAAAAUACGAGACAAUAUGGAUUAUCUAGUCAAUUGAGCCUAGAAACUUCUCAACGUGGUACAUUACGUUCUGGAUUUGGUAAACGUAAAGGUACAUUGCAUGAUUUUAAACCGUCUGGAAAAGAAGAACUAUGUUAUGUUCUUAUGUUAGAAGGUGUAGAAAAAACAUAUACCAUAGAUAAAAAUGCUCAUGGGAUUCAUUUAUUUGAAAAAGUUUGCAAACAAUUAGAUUUACAAGAGACUGAAUAUUUUGGCUUGACAUAUCGAACUAGUUUACGUGUAGAUAAUUGGUUGAAACUUGAUAAACGUAUAGCUAAACAAUUAGAAAAAAUACCAUGGAAAUUAGAAUUUCGUAUUCGAUUCUAUCCACCAAAUAUUGAUAUAUUCAAAGAUGAUUUAACUCGUUAUUUUUUAUGCUUACAAUUAAGGCAAGAUAUUAUCUCUGGACAGAUUCCAUGUUCACAUCAUACUUAUGUUGUUCUUGGUGCUUAUGUCGUUCAAUCAGAUGCUGGAGAUUAUGAUCCAAAUACACAUAUCGGGACAGAUUACAUUGCCAAUAUUCCAUUUGCACCACAACAAUUGCAAACUACAAAAAUGCUUCAACAAAUUGUUGAAUUACAUAAACUUCAUAAAGGGCAAAGUUUAGUUCAGGCUGAUCGAGGAUUUUUGGAAAAUGCUAGACGACUUUCACUUUAUGGAGUUGAAUUUCACAGGGCAAAAACGAUUGCUGGUGAAAGUAUAUGUUUAGGUGUAUAUCACGGUGGAAUAUUACUUUAUCAUGGGAUGUUAAGGGUUAAUCGGUUUUUGUGGCCACAAAUUGUAAAAAUAUUGUACAAAUCAAAAAAUUUCAUUAUUGUCGUUAGAUCAAUGCACAGCGAAACUUUGAGUAAACGUGGAACUCUAAGAAGAACAUUAUCGCCUGGUGGUUUGAAAGUAUCUGAUAGAAAGUUCAAUGGUUCCGAUUCCAUUCAUGAUGUAACACUGACUUUUCAGUGUACAGACCCCCGUUUAGCCAAAAGAUUAUGGGAUUCUUGUACUUCGCAACAUGCAUUUUUCCGUUUGCGUGAUACACCAGGACCUCAAAGAUCUAAUCUUACGACAGCUUUUAGUACGCGAAAAUACCAUUUUACAAGUAAAUCAUUCGAUGCAUAUUCAAGAGAACCUAGCACAGAAUGGAUUCCACGACAACAGCCUCCAAUUAAGCGGGUGCAAACUCAAAGGAAGCCGAUUCAGUACACAAAAACUCCUUCAUCUAGUCCAUCAAAUCAACAACAUCAAGUGUCUGGUAGUGUCGCACCAGUUGCUUAUGGAGAAGAACCUGAUCAGUAUUAUUUAAUGCCUGGGACGCCUUCUCCCCUACCAGCUAAUUCAAUAAAUGUUGAUGUUUUACAAAAUUUACCACCAGCUUAUCGUAAACCAGGUCCAAUUCGAGUACCUUUACCAGAAGAUCACUGGCAAAUGUCAGCAGCUGAUUGUACACAAGGAUUAGGAAGAAAUAUUGAUGGAACAGAUAUAGCGGCCAUGCCAGAAACAGAAUGGCAGGGCUGUCGCACAAAUUGGGGUUUGAAAGGUCCAGGAGCUUAUUACUAUGAAGCAUGUAUGCUUGAAGAAGGUCAAGUACGUUUAGGUUGGUCAACAAACGAUGCUAGCCUGAUUCUCGGAACAGAUUCCAAAGGCUUCGGUUAUGGAGCUGAUAAAACAGGUAUUGGAUCAGCUGAUAAUCCUCAUCCAGUUGGUAAAUUUAUCUACGCCAAUAAUUCAAUUGAUUACGGAAUGCCAAUCGUACCAGGAGAUGUAGUUGGAUGUUAUUUAGAAAUAAAUCCGAGCGCUGAUAAAGAUAAUCGACUAAUCGAUAUACAUUAUAGUUACAACGGCCAAUUAUUAGAAACUCCAAACUUUAAACUUGUUGAGACAUUAACUCCAGAUAUAGCACUCUUCCCUGCCGUAUCACUUAAGAAUGCCAGAGUUGAAGUAAACUUCGGUGACAAGCCAUUCAAUUUUCCACCUAAAACCACUCCUUUGACUAAUAAACAUUGGGUAGCUGUAUCAUACGCCCCCAAUUCUUCAAUUGUAUAUAAUCGGAAUGUUGGUUGGCGGGUGAACCCAAAUGAUGUAACAUCAAGUACAAAUUUAUUAGUUUCACCUAAUGGUCGAUUUGUACAAGCUGUAGAAAAUACUGGAUGGCAAGGCUUUAGAGUGAACAAAGGAAUAUUUGGUGACAGAGCUUAUUACUAUGAAGUGAGAAUUGUUGAAGACUCUGGAUUAGCACGUAUUGGUUGGUCAUUUGAAAAUGGAUCAUUAGAUCUUGGUGUAGAUUGUUUUAGUUUUGGAUAUGGAGCUGAUCGAGAUGGUUUUGGUAUAAAUGGAUCACAAGGAAAAAAACUUCAUGGUGAUAUCAUUGAAAAUUAUGGUGAAGCCUUCCGUAAAGAUGACGUAAUCGGUUGUUUUCUUGAUUUGGGUAAUGGAAUAAUACAAUGGUCAAAAAAUAAUCGCUUAUUUGGUCCUGCUUAUGAAAUUGACAAGAAAUUAAUAAAAAGUAAUGAACCAAUAUAUCCUGCAGCUUCUUUGGUCGAUACUACAUUAGAAUUAAAUUAUGGUGACUUACCAUUUAAAUAUCCUCCAGAAGACGAUUGGACUCCAUUAUUUGCAGCUUCAGAUGAAUACGUAUUCGAAUCACCAAAAUGGCCUAGUUCAAAUACGGUCAAACAGAACGGUCACCCAACAAAACACUUAGCUACUCAUAAUACAAAGACAGAAGUAUAUACUGAAAAUCAGAAAGAGAUCAGUUUAAAUUCGGUCAGUGAAACGUAUGGUCAUUCUACAAUAAUGAAUAAUAAUUUUGUCAGUGAUAGCAACAAUGUAAAAAGUAGCACCCCAAGUAAACUGGAAGAUGUUCCUGUAGAAUCAAUACGUGUAGAAUCCCCUUCACUUAGUGACCAACAAGAAGAUGAAGUAAGAAUGUUUCUGGAAACUUGUGAACCAAUUACUGAAAGUCAUUUUGAUGCCUUAUAUCACAAUUAUACGAAUCAUCCGUCUACGGAGCGAUCUGAAUCACAAGUGAAAACAAAACCCAAUGGAACAUAUCACCGUAAUUCUAUAUCAAAUUUUCAAGCUGACAUUACUACUCCUACAUGCGUCAAUUCUGAAUUACAUCAAAGUCCCACAACGGUGAUAGACUCUGAUCAUGCACUAGAACAGGCCAUCCUACAGACUACACAUUUGAAUCCACAUACGGCAGUCUUAACCAAUACACUGGAUGUAUACACAAAUAAUAGUAAUAAUAAUAACACUAUGAAUAGUAAACAUAAUAAUAAAUAGUAACUUUAUGAAUUGAGUAAUAAAUCAGUGUUGAAAAUCACUCCCAUCAUUCCAAUAAAUCACCCUAACUACAACAAAAAGAACUUUUUUUAUAAAUUGAAACAAAUAAAAAACAAUCAAUAAUGAUAAAUAUUUGUAUUUUUUUAUUAAGACUAUAAUGAUACUUUCUUUAGUUUAUUGAACAAUGUAACUAUGAAAUAUUCACACUAAAUGCCUUAGUAAACACAAAAAAUUUUUAUGUUUUUAUAAAAAUAGCCGAAAUUUUUUUUUAUUUUUUACUUGUUUCAAUGCUCUUUACAAUGGCGAUAACACAAUACAGAGAUUUUAAAACACACACACAGACAUAACAACAACGAGUAGAUCAUUUCCAGUGAAUAUCAUUUGGUUUAUUCAACAACAACCAAAAUUCUUCUCUAAAUUCUAACUGCUGAUAUUUAUAUGAUAAAUAAGGAUAAUUCCUGUUAUCGUUUCUAUUGAUAUGUCUACAUUUCUCAUAGUAGUGAAUUAUUCAUUGUACCUUUGUCAAUCACACCUAUCUCGUUCAAUGUUUAAAUACAACAAGGUUAUUUUUUCAAAAAAUUAGUAUAUUAUGACUAUUAUUCCUUUUACAUUGAAACACUUCUUUUUUUAAACAAUUUUUUAUGAUCAAUUAUGCAUAUACCUAGUUGAACUAUAAAUUUUAAUAUUAAGAACAAUCUAUAUUGACUUUUUUUAACGAUCAAAAAUUAUCGUGAAUCAUUAACAUACAAGUAAUGGAUUGAUUCUUUUUCUUCAUCUCUUAAUUAAUAAUGGCGCCUGUUGUAGAAAUAUAAACUAUAACAUUAAAUUAAACAUUAAUGAAAUAUCAUUUGAAAAACUUUUUCAUGUAUUUAAUGUGAAUGUUGUGAACAUGUGAAAUUUGUUUAUAAGAAAGCAUUAGAACUGAUCUAUCUAUCUAUCUAUCCAUAUUAUAUAUAAAUUCAGUAUAUUCUUGUUUUCUGUUCCCCCUUUUUAAAUUCUCUGAUUUACUUAACUGCAUAAAUAUCCAUAUGACUACAAGUUCAUCAUUUAAUUAUUAUUUAGUAAGUAUUAUUUGUGUCAUUUACUAAAUAUUCACUUAUAUUAGAUUUUUUUUUCAUUCAAACUUACUUUUUUUCAUGUAAAUGAACUGUAUUCAAACCUUUUUGGAAAAGAAAAAAAAAUUAAUGAAUAUGACACUCUUUUUUUUUCUCUCUCCCCUUUUCUCUAAUUUUAAUUUCGUUCAUUUAUUUGGUUUGUCAGUUUGUUUGUUUUUUGGUUUUAUAUUUUAUAAAUUUUUGCUUCAAGUUUGUUUUUUUUAUAUUUUUAGAUAAAUAAGAAUAAACAUCAGUGAUAACAAUAUUCAUAGUAACAAUAUCACAGUUGAUUAAUUAAUUAUUAUGAUAAACUAUGUUUCAAGAUAUAAUGGUUACUUGAAUUAUUGAAUAUUGUUAUUAUUUUAAAGAUAAUAACAUUGUUUCUAUGUUGGUUUUUUUUUUCUAUUUCGUACCUUCAUUGUUUAAUUACAGAUUUUCAUUUCAGGAAAGAAGGGGACAAAUAGUCUAUCUUAAUACUUUCUUAAAAAAAAUUCUUUUUAUGUCUACGUUUCUCUUUAAUGAGUAGGUCAAGGAAGCAGAGACUUUUUGAGGUGACAAAUCCUAGGAGUCAGUUAUAUGGUAGAAAAGCUUCUACCUUAUGAAGAUACGAUUUGUUCACGAUUUUGAGCUCAAAUUCUGUAUAAUCUGAGUCACUCUAGCCUAUGUGAGUGAAUAAAUGAGAAGAUAGAUCCAAAAUUAUUGCUCAGCAUCAUAUGUACCAUGAAUAAUUUACCGCUUAAUUUGGUGUCCAAUAGUUUAGUGAGAUCUAAAUUCCGAAGCGUGUUUCAUAAAUGAAACCUAUCAUCUCCAUCAAUCUCACAUGUAGUUGUUCUCUGUACUCUUUCAAGUAAAUCCGAGUAUCCUCUUAAACAACGAUUUUUGUCCUGAGCACAAUAAUCCCACUUAAAUUUCACUAGGACUUUAUAAAGUAUUAUGAAUAUAUUUUUAAAUUUAAGAAAGUCCCUCUCAAUGCUUAUACUGAUCUAAAAUCCUGUAACUGAAUAUGAGACUCAGUAAGAAUUGAUCUUCAAGUCAUGCUGUACUAUGGUCCUUAAGUCAUUGUGGAUGAGGUCUGAGGUUAGAGACAUUUAUCUAAUUCUGUAGUUUCUGCUGUCUAUAUGUCUAGUAUACACAGACUUAGUUGCAUUGAUGUCCGCCAACCAUAACUUAGCUCAACUAGGUAAGAUGUCAAGAUCAACUUGGAAACUUUUUAUACUGUCAUCUGUUUAUACUCCUCGUCGUAUUUCAAAGUCAUCUGUGUUCAGAAUCACUUAGAAUUGGCAAGAUGAUAUUUCAUUAAUUUAAGAGAUAAAUAAUAAUGGACAUAGUAUAAUGACUUGCAGUUCCUCAUUAAGUUAUAGAUUCUAGGAAAAAAUCAAGGGGUUUUCAUGCGCUGUAUGUCAAUUACUAACAAAGUACUCAAUAACCUACGAAAGUAAAUCUCAUGGUAUUCUUAAAUUUUACAGCUUCAACGGUAAUUCAUAUUAUGAAACUCUGUUGGACGUCUUGUUGUAGUUAGUGUGCUUUAUGAAAACAGGAAAUGGACUUUUGCGUCUCUGGAACAAUGUUUCAUUAUGUAAAUGAUCUUUAGUUGCUAAUAAAGUGUUGAUAACAUCAUCUUUUGUGCUUUGGAGUGAUCCUUACAGCUCUGUGGUUAAGUAGGAUGAUUGGUUGACACUUUUAAAACUAUUCUGUGGUGAAAAGCUUUGUUCACUGAAAGUUAUAGCUUCAUUUUAAAGAACGAAAGUAAUCCGACGUUGUUGGUGGAUGACUUUCUUAAUGUUGACACAAAUAUAGUUCAUUUUCCAAGGAUGUGACGUACCGCACCUAAAUAACUAGCUACUCAAUUCUCAUGUUGCCAUGGGAACUACGAAUGGGAUCAGUUGAACUGAACCAUCUACAUUGUUAGGUUUACACGGAUUACAUCAUUUCAAACACGUAGCGAAAUUUUAAUAUAAUAUUUAUACUACUUUUGAGUAGUAAAUGUAACAAUACAAAUGUUUAUUCGUUCCUUAGCGAAACUAAUAGAUUGUGGGUGAACAUUAAAAAACGAUCCUCCACACUAAAAUCAGGCUUAACAUUUAAAAAUAGAUUAGUUUGAAUAAUAAUCAGUUAGCACAUAGAUAAUUUAUGCUUUUCAAUUUGCCACAAAAGUUAUCAUAAUUCAAUUCAGGUUUUGGGAUAGAAGAAAUAUGGUUACUGAGAAAUAUUUCGACUUUAAACCACAACUUUUGUAUAUUACCUAAACAAAUGGAUUUGGCAAUGUAAUACUUUGCGAAAAUGUCAAUAACUGUGGAUUGCAAAGCUAUUAAUAAUCAUGUGUGAUUAAUAUAUAAACUAGAACAUCAACGAUAUAUUCAUAGAAAACCAUACAACAUUUCAAUAGUUUUUAUUUUGUUACCAUGUUGAAACACUCAUAUUUUCAAACACACAACAAAAUACAUGAUUAAGUUUGAAAAUUACAAUAUGCUUCACUUGAAAAUAAAUUGUUUUUCUAUCGAUGGGUAUCUUUAAUGCUUUAGUUUGAAUUUCAAUGUUAUUUACCUUUGAUCAGUGGUUAAGCGCUCGCGCGCAAGACUGACAGGUCCGUCUCGCGAGACGGGAUCGUGGAUGCGCACUGUUG